UUUUUAAUUUUAAAGGAUUUUCUUUAAUUUUUUUGAUGGUAUUUAAUGGACAACAUGUUAAAAUUUCGCCUGAGGAAUUUAAAAGGAGGGAGACAUUUUUGACUGAAGGACAAAUUAAAUACAACAUUUUCGAUCCGUUUAGUUGGCCUUUGCAAGCUAAGUUGACUUUGGCUGCUGGCAUUGCUGGUAUAACAUCGUGUAGUUACUAUAAUAUCUUCUACAGAAAGCCGUGGUACCAAGCAAUUGUUGUAAAAUCUUUGCUUAUAUCUGGGGGGAUGUGCCUCGCUUAUUAUGCUGGUAAAAAUCGUGUUUACAAUAUGGCUACAAGAGAUGCAGUUAUCGAGCAUUAUAUGGAAUUACAUCCUGAUGAUUUUGAUCGGACUUCUGAUUGUUUGAAUUUUAAUUUUUCCGGGAGUUUAACUGACAAAAAAUUUUCUGAGAAAAAUUGUUUUUUAGCUGGGUUUAUUUUUUAA